CAGCAGAGUGAAAUAUAAAAGUUGCGAGUUGAAUCCACACAAAGAACAGAAAAUAAGAAAGAUAAUAAAAGGAGGCAAACACGAAGAGCUCACAACAAGAUUCAAGAUUCAAGAUUCAUGCUUUCAGAUUUCAACUAGUGAGUCUAAUCUGUAUAAACCUUACUUAUUGCAAAUCGUCCUUGUUCUUGUCGAAUAUACAGUUCUUUUUUGGUAUCAUUUUUUAUGUGUCUAUGUCUGUUUUGACUUUGUUGCCGAGAAAUUUUACUAAAACUAGUAAAGCUUAAGCUCUUUCAGUCGUUUUUCAUGUUUAAUUGAAGCAGUAAAUUGUCCUUCUUCCUCUAUUGGAUGCCAUGGAAGUAGAAAUCUUCAGGAUUCUUCUUAGCUUUGAUUCUGAGAUUUUUGGAAUUUAAAAGUUUAAUCCUUUCCUAUACUUCUUGUAAUGGUCAAAGAUUACUAUGAUUUUUGGAUAUUUUUCUAUACUCCAUAGUUUGUGAUUUUGAGUUGUGGUGUUUUCUCUUUUUCUCGUUGGUAGGAUGUUGAAAAGUCAUGGAAAGUGCAGAAAAUUACUGCCCAGAAUUGUUGCUUCACCCUAUUUGCUGAUUCGGUUCGGUUUGCAUUGGUUUUGAAAUAAAAACUGGUUUCGGUUCGGUUUCAUUUGUUUUGUGGAAAAAAAAAAGUCACGCGAUGGAGAUUUUGGAGAGAAGUGCGUUGAUAAAAAAAGGCAUGAAUUGGAAAGGGGUUUACCCACAGAAUCGCUCUCACUCGCUCAAAGCGCUCUUUGUGCGAGUGGGUACGAAAUAGAGCCUUCUGAUUGGCUUAGAAACUCAAAAAAAUGUGAAAUAGUAUACAUGUUGCUAGCUAUGUUAUUAUUUACUUUUCGUCUCCUUCUAGGCAAAAACUAGAUUCAUGCUUUCAGAUUUCGACUGGUGAGUGCUAAAAUAUGUAUAAACCUUAAUUUUUGCUAAUCGUCUUUGUUCUUAUCGAAUCUAUAGUUCUGGUCUGAAUUUUUUUGGUGAUUUUUAUUUGUCCUGCUCUGUUUUAUGACUUUGUUGCUAAGCUCGUUUGUCAUGUUUAAUUUGGAGCACUGAAUUGUUCUUCUGGAUUUGUUAUUAAUUUGGAACCAUGGAAGCAGAAAUCUUCAGGAAUCUUCUUGGCUUGACUCAUAAAUAAAAAAUAAGCAGAUCAAAUAAAAGACCACUUUACCUGCAAAAUGACGAGAUCGUGGGUGCUUUUGUUUGUUCUUAUGUUCAUUGUGUUGACUUCUCAGUUUGAGUGGAAUGAACAAGUUGAGAAUGAAAGUGAGACUAGUAGUCGUCCUCUGAUUCUUUCAGAUAAAGAGCAACAACAUAUCCCUCAAGGCAAAGAAUCUGUACAAGUAAAGAAAAUUCUAUUUCAAGAAAAGAAAAUUCAGAAGUUAAACGAGCUGGUCCGAGAUCUAAGGAGGCAGUUGCUACAAUGCAGAAAUGAAAAUCAGGUUGAGUUAACGGAGCUAGAAACCGAGCUUGAUCAGCUGCUGGUAACAGGUGUUUAGUCCAUUUUUACAGGUUGAUGCUUCUACUCACUAAUCCUCCAUAGGCUUCAACUGUAAAUCCAGAUUCUUGAUCAAUCUAAUACCGUAGCCCCUCUUUCUAAGCACUACACUUGAUUCUGUACUUUGAUGGAGAAAUCAAAGAAGAGUGGUCCUUUUUGAAGUACAUCAAGUAUGUAUAGCCAAGUCAUGACAUUUGGUUUAUAUUUAUUUUCUUGUAUUUUUAUCAUUAUACUUAAGUGUGGCACUAAUUGCUGGACUCAAUAACUUGGACAUUUAUGGGAAGACCAGAGUCUGCAAAAAAUAGGACAGACAAAAAAAAUAGAAGAAGCCAAAAACUCAUGAAAAUUUUACUUAAUGAGUAUUUUGUGCCAAAUCCAAAUUGUUCUAAUUUCAGUAUAUGUAGAAAAACUCAUGAAAACUCAACUCAGU